AUGAAAUUUGAAUCCAUUGCUGAUGUUGGUGUGGUCCUUGUGGUCACUGUCCUCAUCUUUGGUUUCCAUCAUUCUGGUCCACAUCAUGUCCAUUCACUCUCUCUCCAGCAACAACCACAACAAGGACAGCAACAACAACAGACUCAAAUUGCUCCAACCUCAUUCACCAACGUUCCAGAGUCCAAGUAUUGUGUGAGAUAUUUGAAUCAAACUCAAAAUGACACUCAAGUGGGUGUGACUCUUGAGAGUUAUUAUGAUUGCGGAAAGUCUGAUCGAAAUGGGGAUUUGAGUGUGAUUCAUCAGAAAAAUCCAGAUCGAAUGGACUUGUUGUUGUAUCAUUUUUCGAAUUAUCCCAAUCCAACCUACGGAAUGAUCGGCUACCCCCUUCUCGGUAAUCCAACUCCAAGCACUCAACAAUCUCUUCCCAACAGUAUUUCCACACAACUUCCAGCUCCAAAUUUCCAAAUGUGGAUCUCUUUGGACCGAAUUGUUGAAUUCACACUCAGCCUCCAAGGUGGCACUGACCUCAAUUCAGAAAAAGCCUCUCUCCAAAUCUUGCAAGAUUUCCCCAUCAAUUCUCAAAACAUUCCCUUCACCAUUCAAAAACAAAACUAUGGAGGUCAAGGACGGAAUUACAAAUCCAUCUUUGCCGAUUUGGAAAUUCCACUUCUUUCUACUAUUAAUUCCUCCUCACCCACAUCCUCACGUCCACCCUAUGCUCAAAAACUUCACGUGAGAGCCAUUGUCUCUGAGAGUGAAACUCGUGCAAGAACCAAUCUCUUGAGCGGAGGCGGAGCUCAAGGAGGAAGGGAUGCUUUUGCUUACCGAACCACUCCGACGAGUGUGACUCUCCUAGUGACUGCUCAUGGAGUGAGACCUGGAGCCAUUCAAGGAACUGGCAAUGUGGGAGAUGCUGCAGGAGUCGUCUCAGAGACUGAAUCGACAUGGGCAAUCUUUGCCACUGUUUUUGUUGGAAAUGGUUAUGUCUUGAAUACGAAACCACAAAAGAGAGCGACGGCUCCAUGGACCACAUCGGGUGGCCAAUCGUAUCCAUUACCGUAUGAUGUACUUCCGGAUUAUUACUUGUACAAUGUGUCCAUGAAUGGAAUGUACAUACCAGGUUCCUCUCAAACUGGAGCUCCUAAAACUCCCUUGGGAUAUUUCACACUUCCAAGAUUUGCCUAUGGCAAUGAAAAGAGUCGAAUUCAAUUAGUCGAUUUGGUGGACACGGUAAAACAAGGAACUUCCUUUUCGAGUAGUCCGCCUUCGAAUAGUGCCAUGAAGAAUUCUGGUGUCAGUUCCGAUGCAACACGUGUGGUGAUGAUUCCUGCUCAGAAACAAGAAGCAUCCAAUAUUGGUGAGAACCGAAAAGCGGUUGCAAUUCAAACGGUGCAAUUUGCGCCAAUAUUUAUUGGAGCUGUGGAAGUGACUGAUGACUGCAAUUGUGCGACAAAUGUUCAAACAGUUUGGGAUAAUAAUGCUUCUCAAAGAAAGCAAGUGAAUGAGUAG